AUGUCCGAUCUUUGCCCCGUUUACGCGCCCUUCUUCGGUGCCAUGGGCUGCACAGCAGCCAUCGUCUUCACCUGCCUUGGUGCUUCGUACGGGACUGCCAAGUCCGGUGUUGGUAUCGCUGCCAUGGGUGUCCUCCGCCCUGACCUCAUCGUCAAGAACAUUGUUCCCGUCAUUAUGGCUGGUAUCAUUGGUAUCUACGGUCUCGUCGUCUCCGUCUUGAUUUCCGAUGCUCUCACGCAGGAUAACUACGCUCUCUACACUGGCUUCAUUCAGCUCGGUGCUGGUCUCGCCGUCGGUCUCGCCGGUCUUGCUGCUGGUUUCGCCAUUGGUAUUGUUGGUGAUGCUGGUGUCCGUGGUACUGCUCAACAACCCAGACUUUUCGUCGGCAUGAUUCUUAUUCUCAUUUUCGCUGAAGUCUUGGGUCUUUACGGCUUGAUCGUUGCUCUUUUGAUGAACUCCAAGGCCACGCUCAACACCUCAUGCUAG